AUUAGCACAAGAGCAAGCAGCGCAGUAAUGGAAAGUGACGCGCGAACCAACGGAGGCCUAAAGUUCCCCAUAUUAGACUCCAUACCAGAUUUGAAUAACAUAAAAUCAUUCACAGAGCGCUAUUUCAGUAAACGAUAUGUACUAAAUGUAAAUGGCAUCAAAAACAAUGAUGUUAUGAUCUUGUUCCAUUCUAACCGAAUUGCUUUGCUCAGUCUAGCUCCGAGCCAUUUCUUUUUUAAGAAAGAUGAAGAGUACAAAAUCAAUUUCUGUGUAGGUAAACUAAACAGACUGGCUAACAGUGUAAAGGGUAAAGGUAAAAAAGGAGGCCAGCAUUUGAUACCGAACUCAGUCAUUGGUAAAGUUGAGUACAAGGAUGGCACUAGUUUUGACAUUCUCUGCUGCAUGUCAGGAACAUUGGUGGAAAUAAAUGAGGAGCUUGUGAAAAGCCCUUGCUUAUUGAAAAGUUAUCCAGAUUCAAAUGGUUUUAUAGCUAUUGUCCUUUCUAGCAUUAAGAUUGCAGACAACACUAAAAAUAAAAUGUUAACACAUGAAGAGUAUACUGAAAUAAUAAAAGAUUGUUGCGAAAGUUAGAUAAAAGUUC